UGCCCUAUAUUUUCAAUGCGGAUCAGAAAUGCGGCUAUUCUUUCGAAAAACACGAGUCCCCCUAAUGAAAAUAAUGGUACGAUCCACUUGAGCAGGAAGAACGGUUUCCCGCGGUUUCCGAUAUGUAGGCGCAGGCUUUCAGAGGGGGCAGGUCCCGCUACGUCACUUUGUUCCGAAGGGGUGUGGCCAAGAGCGAAAGGGAAUUCUCCAGGUUUUUUGUUUGUUAUGUCAAAAAUACUUGCUGAAGGCAGUGCAACUCAAGAAGUUACACUUUUGACCAUUGCUGAUGAAGACUCUACCAAAAGGAAUUGGGGUGUUUUGCUGCCUGGUAUAAUUGGUGGGACAUUAGUAGCCUUAUACUCUGUGACCAUUCCAUUUAUUGCUCCAGCACUGAGAAAACAUUGCCUGCCAUUUGUGCCUGCAACUUCAAAGCAGAUUGAAAAUGUCCUAAUCAUGUUGAAAGGCAGAAAAGGAAUGCUAGUUGAUAUAGGAAGUGGUGACGGACGUAUUGUAAUAGCUGCUGCAAAAGUUGGAUUUAAAGCUGUGGGUUAUGAAUUAAAUCCUUGGUUAGUAUGGUAUUCGAGGUACCGUGCCUGGAGAGAGGGAGUUCAUCAAGAUGUCAAUUUUUACAUUUCAGACUUAUGGAAGAUCAGUUUUUCACAGUAUACAAACAUUGUCAUUUUUGGAGUUCCUCAGAUGAUGCCGCAGCUGGAGAAGAAGCUUGGAGAUGAACUCCUGCAGGAUGCCAGAGUCAUUGCUUGUCGCUUUCCUUUUCCCCAUUGGAGACCAAAUCAUAGCUUUGGCGAAGGCAUUGACACCGUUUGGGCAUAUGAUUCCAGAUCGAUUAGAAUAGAAAAGGAAGAUGAUACAGCUCUUGACAAGGGCAUCCCUCCCAGUUAGCUAAAACUCCAGAGAUAAUGCUAUGUUAGCUUUUAAUAUGCAAGUGUGGAUGUUUUAUACAACGUAUUAUUUCUUGUGAUUCUUGGGUUUGUGGGCAAGCAUUUCAGAAGUUUCUGGAAAUAUUUUAUGUGUGUAACAUAGCGUAAGUGUUAAGCAAUACUUCUGUUAUGGAAAAACAAAUGUAUGGAAGUUGCCUCCAGAUCCAUGGCCCCAACCUUGGAAUUCUAUGGGAUAACAAUUGACAUUUAAAAUAAAUUACAAAAUUGCAAUUUACCAUUGUAAAAAUGCAUUGGUAAGAGUAUUCAAAAUGAUCUAAAUCCUUAGGUUAAAACUGUUCUAAUACAGUUAAUUUUGAAUCCUCAACUUUAAUAUUUUCAGUACCGUCUGAUUAAAGCAAUACUCUCCAACCUUAUUCUGAAUAUGUCUCCUUAUCUCUGUUUGCUGUUCACUUCAACUAUAUGUUGUUAUGAGUCGAGGAACAAGAUUUUAAAAUUGUCUGCCAGGAUGCAGAGCCAUAAUGAGAAAAUCUGUUUUGUGACUCAAAGUCUCAUGGAGGGAGGGGCAGUGGAAUCCUAAAUUAAUGAAAAGCAAAAGAGAAUAUAAAAAUAAAUACUUUGUUACAUUAAAUUGAUUUUAUUGAUAAUGUGUUUCAUUAAAGUUGUUUAAAUAUA